CCUUCCUGUCGCCACCGGGCCCCGGAAACCAUGGGGAAGCUGGUGGUGCUGACCCUGCUUGGUGCCGUGCUGGCCCUAAUCGGGGAGAGAUUAGUGGCGUUUAGACGAGCAUGUAAUGCAUCUCAAGAAGUGGAACCAGUAGAACUCCCAAACUGCCACCUUAUUGAGGGCCUUGAAAAUGGCUCUGAAGAUAUUGAUAUACUUCCUAGUGGGCUGGCUUUUAUCUCCAGUGGAUUAAAAUAUCCGGGCAUGCCAAACUUUGCAUUAGAUGAGCCAGGACAGAUUUUCUUGAUGGAUCUGAAUGAGCAAAACCCAAGGGUCCAGGCACUAAACAUCAGUGAUGAUUUUGACAAAGCAUCAUUUAAUCCACAUGGAAUUAGUACUUUCAUCGACAAAGACCAUACCGUGUAUCUUUAUGUUGUGAAUCAUCCUCACAAGAAGUCCACGGUAGAGAAAUUUAAAUUUGAGGAAGAAAAACGUUCUCUUAUACACCUGAAAACUAUAACACAUGAACUUCUGAUAAGUGUGAAUGACAUUGUGGUUCUUGGACCAGAACAGUUCUAUGCCACUAGAGACCAUUAUUUUACCAACUUCUUCAUGAUAGUAUUAGAGAUGAUCAUGGAUCUUCGUUGGACUUAUGUUCUUUUCUACAGUCCAAGAGAGGUCAAAGUGGUAGCCGAAGGAUUUGGCUCUGCCAAUGGGAUCACAGUCUCACUAGACCAAAAGUAUAUCUAUGUAGCUGAUGUAUUGGCUCAGAACAUUCAUGUACUGAAAAAACAUGAUAACUGGGAUUUAACUCCAGUGAAGGUAACGCAAUUGGGCACCUUAGUGGAUAACUUAGCUGUGGAUCCUGACACGGGAGAUAUUUGGGCAGGAUGCCAUCCUAAUGCCAUGAAGCUAUUCCUCUAUAACGCUGAGGAUCCUCCAGGGUCAGAAGUAAGUUCCUCUUCUUCUCUGAGCUCACAGGCAAAGCUGCAAGAACAAUUUGUUGAGGAGACUUGGGAGAAUUUAGUGGGUCACAUUUGA